AUGCCUCGCAUUGUCGCAUACAAGGCGAAUGUGGUGCAUUCCAUUGCUCUGGGUCAAUUACAAGUGCUUGAACCUGGACUUGUGGGUGUAGACGAAGAUGGUAAAAUUGUCUUUGUGCAGGAUUUGAACCAGUUAGAGAUGGACAUCGAGUCCUUUGAUGAGCUUGUGGACUUGGGCAACCAAUUGUUACUUCCUGGCUUUGUCGAUGGGCAUGCACAUGCUCCUCAGUAUUCAUUCAUUGGCGUAGGAAUGCACCUGCCACUGCUUGAGUGGCUCGAGACGUACACGUUCCCGUACGAGUCAAAAUUCCAGAAUCUCGAGUACGCACGAGCUGUAUACGACAAGGCAGUGCGUCGUCAUGUCAACAAUGGCACCACCACGUGCUCGUACUUUGCUACGGUGCAUCUUGAUGCAUGCAAGAUACUGACGGACAUCUUGGAGCAAGUGGGUCAACGGGGCUACGUGGGGAAGGUCAAUAUGGACCGCAACGCGUCGUCCGGGUUGGUAGAGGACACCCAAACGUCUAUUAAUGACACGAGAACGUUUGUAAAGUACGUGCAAAGCAAGCAGAACCACUUGCUGACGCCAGUGAUCACACCGAGAUUUGUACCUAGCUGCUCGUCCAAGCUCAUGAAUGGGUUGGCGGAGAUCUCGAGAGAACAUGCGCCCAAGUUACCAAUACAGUCGCAUCUGGGCGAAAAUCGGCAGGAGAUCGAGUGGGUCAAGAGUCUGCACCCGGAAUGCAAAACAUAUACGAGCGUCUACGAUGACCAUGGUCUGCUACAUGAGCGGUCUUACAUGGCACACUGCGUUUGGUGCAGUACGAGUGAGCGCGAGCUUCUGCAUGAAAAGCAGACGGCUGUGAUCCACUGUCCCAACUCUAACUUUUCGCUUUCCAGUGGUGUUCUCAAUGUUCGACGAUUGCUGCAGGAGGGAAUUAAGGUUGGCCUGGGAACUGAUGUAUCGGGUGGCUAUUCUCCGUCCAUGUUGGACGCCAUUCGUCAAGCCGUUAUCGCCUCCAAGCUCGUCUCCAUUGGUAAUGGAAGCUUUUGCAAUCAGUACAAUGAUGAUCCACAAGAACAAUCCCUCUCAUAUGCUGAAGCUUUUCAUCUUGCGACCGUAGGUAGCGCCGAAGCACUUGGACUUGGCGACACGAUUGGCAAUUUCAUGAUCGGCAAAGACUUUGAUGCGUUGGUGGUGGAUCCUUACAUUGAGAACAGUCCUAUCGACGAAUCGUUUGACCACGUCGAAGCUGCAGACGUUUUGCACACGUUUCAGAAAUUCCUCUUCCUCGGUGACGACCGUAACAUCGUCUCUAUAUUUGUAUGUGGACGGCAGAUCAAGAGCUCAACUUCCAAGCGCAGCGCUAUGAAAAUCACAAUUCCAUUGCCAACGGAUGGUGUGCAUGGUAGUAUUAACGUUAUGUCGCUUGAUAAGAACAAAGAAGUCAUUGUAAAAGGUUAA